CUCUCCAUGGCGAUGAAUCCGGACUUGCGCAAGGAGCGGGAGGCGGCUACGUUCAGCACGGAGCUUCUGACCCACGUCUUGGAUGGGGGCGCCGAGCGAACCCGGCGCCGAAAGGAGAUCGAAGCCCUUGUUUUUAAUGACCCAGACUUCCAGCAUGAGGAUGUUAAUUUCCUUUCCCGCAGCGAGCGCUAUGCACUAGCUAUCAAGAAGAGUGCGUACAUGAUCAUGAAGCUCCGAGAACUUGGAAUUGCAGAUCCCGAUGAAAUUUACUGGUUUAAAAGCUUUGUUCACCAUGGACGACCUGAGCCUCUGGACCUCCAUCUGGGCAUGUUCCUGCCCACCCUCCUAACCCAGGCAACCCAAGAACAGCAGGAUCGCUUCUUCAUGCCUGCUUGGAAUUUGGAGAUCAUUGGCACAUAUUCACAGACAGAGAUGGGCCAUGGAACUCACCUCCGAGGCUUGGAAACCACAGCAACCUAUGACCCUGCUACUCAGGAAUUCAUCCUUAACAGUCCCACUGUGACUUCUAUUAAGUGGUGGCCAGGCGGAUUGGGUAAAACAUCAAACCACGCCAUUGUUUUGGCACAGCUUCAUACACAAGGUCAGAACCACGGAUUACAUGCAUUCAUUGUGCCUAUACGCCAGUUGGGAACUCAUGAGCCACUGCCAGGCAUUACUGUUGGCGACAUUGGACCAAAAUUUGGUUAUGAUGAAAUGGAUAAUGGCUACUUGAAAAUGGACAAUUUCCGCAUUCCCCGGGAGAACAUGCUAAUGAAAUUUGCUCAGGUUGAGCCGGAUGGCACGUAUGUGAAACCUCUCAGUGCCAAGCUGACGUAUGGCACCAUGGUAUUCAUCCGCUCAAUCAUUGUCGGUGACUCUGCACGCUCUUUAGCCAGAGCAUGUACAAUUGCCAUCCGCUACAGUGCAGUGAGACACCAGUCUGAAUUGAAACCAGGGGAGCCAGAGCCCCAGAUCUUGGAUUAUCAGACCCAGCAAUACAAACUUUUUCCUCUUCUGGCAGCAGCCUACGCCUUCCACUUCUUGGGAGCCUACAUGAAAGAUACCUAUCGUCGCAUCACUGCAGACAUCAAUGAGGGAGAUCUCAGAGAAAUGCCAGAGCUCCAUGCGCUGUCUGCGGGGCUAAAGGCCUUCAGUUCCUGGAUUGCCAAUGCCGGCAUUGAGGAAUGUCGGAUGGCAUGUGGCGGGCAUGGCUAUUCCCGGUGUAGUGGCCUACCUGAUAUUUAUGUGAAUUUCACACCCUCUUGCACCUAUGAAGGAGAGAACACCGUCAUGAUGUUGCAGACAGCACGGUUUCUGAUCAAAAGCUAUACACAAGUUAGUUCUGGACAAUUGGUUAGUGGCAUGGUUUCCUAUCUGAAUGACCUAUCAGGGCAGCGCAUUCAGCCACAGCAGGUGGCUGCUAGGCCUGCAACACUGCAUAUCAACAAUCCCGCCAGUUUGGUAGAGGCCUAUCAACUGAGAGCUUCUAGGCUGGUUGAAUUUGCAGCAAAGAAUUUGCAAGCUGAGCUAAAUCGUAGGAGGAGCAAGGAAGAUGCUUGGAAUCGGACUUCUGUUGACCUAGUACGAGCAUCUGAGGCACAUUGCCACUAUGUAGUGGUCAAGCUGUUUACUUCAAAAGUCUCAGAAAUCGGUGACCCAGCCACUCAAGCUGUUGUUAACAACCUGUGUCUUCUCUUUGCACUUUAUGGGAUCAGUAAGCACAGUGGAGACUUCCUGCAGGGAGGCAUUUUGACAGAUGCACAGGUAACUCAGGUGAACCAGCGGGUGAAGGAGCUCUUGGCAUUAAUCCGUCCUAAUGCAGUAGCUCUAGUGGAUUCCUUUGACUUCCACGAUUCCUUUCUUGGAUCCGUUCUUGGCCGAUAUGAUGGUAACGUCUAUGAAAACAUGUUUGAAUGGGCAAAGAAAUCACCAUUAAAUAAAACACAGGUCCAUGAAUCUUUCCACAAACAUCUGAAGCUGAUGCAAGCCAAACUGUGAUGAAACUUACAGCUGUUGCUUGUGCAGUAUUCCAGUUCCCCACAACUGAUGUAAUCUGCCCUAUGUGCCCUUGAAUCACUUGGCAAAUCUAAAUUGCCAUAGGGUAGCCAAUAACUGUAACUUUUCUUCCUAAUUUUUUUAAGUAUGGAGGGGAUUGGAGCAGGGGAACA